UGAUUCUUAAAGGAUAAAUUUUUUAUCUUGUGGAAGUGUGUUUCUGGGGGCAGUUGCUUCUGGAAAGACCUGGCAUCUGGCUCUAACGAAAGGUUCUUCAGGCUGUGUUGAGCUGGCAACGCUGUAGAAAAGCUCAGUAUGGCCGAAGCCUAAUAGGUUUCCUGAAACCUAUUCGUCGCGGAAAAGUGAACUUGGGUUAUUUCAGUUUAUUUAUAGAGUGGUUGGAGAUAUUCCUCCAUUUAACUUCUCAAACAUUUGUGCAAAAUGAACAAAACCAUUAGUCGUCCUGAAGAGUCAGACGAUAUCACUAUGACAGCUCAAGAACUGCAUGUUCUUUCAGACUUGGAUAGCCGGCAGUAUGGGUUUUUGAAUCUGAACCUAGCAGAGAAUGCCAAAAAGAAAGCUUUGAUCCAGAAGGCUGUAAAAUAUCUACAAAUGAUGGUUGUCCAAGCUCGCAGACAGCAAAAGGAGCAAAAUGAGAAUGAACCCAAUAAUUGCCAAGUUAAAAACAUCAGUAUAGACCCAAAAACUUGGGUUAAGUUGGGCCAUUUUCAUUUACUACUUGAAGAUUAUCGAAAAGCUCUAUCAGCAUAUCAGAUGUUCUACAAGACACAAGCAGAGAAUCACUGGCAGGAUACCACAUUUCUCUAUGGUCUUGGUCUUGUUUACUUCCACUACAACGCUUUCCAAUGGUGAGUUGUGUGGGGCUCACUAACUUGAGUUUGGGAAGCAUGAGUUUUCUAUACUAACAGGCUAUGGUGAAAUUUUGAGUCAUAUUGUCAGGAAAAGUCCUGCAUAUCUGCAAUGUUGAGUUAAACUUAUUUCUUGAA